AACUGCCUAAUAAAACAUGAUGAGAAUGGAUACUCAGCAAUAGUGGGAGACUUUGGUCUAGCAGAGAAAAUUCCUGAUCACAGUGAGAAGUUACCAGUGGUGGGUUCACCCUUCUGGAUGGCACCAGAGGUUCUCCGAGAUGAACCCUACAAUGAAAAGGCAGAUGUGUUCUCUUAUGGUAUAAUUCUGUGUGAGAUUAUAGCAAGAAUACAGGCAGAUCCAGACUAUCUCCCUCGCACAGAGAAUUUUGGAUUAGAUUAUGAUUCCUUCCAGCACAUGGUGGGAGAUUGUCCUCCUGACUUCCUCCAGCUGGCCUUCAACUGCUGUAACAUGGAUCCAAAGCUGCGUCCUUCAUUUGCUGAUAUUGUCAAAACACUGGAGGAAAUGUUAAACCGCCUGAGAAAUGAGGACUCGGAGAGAGAGAGAAAGUUCUUGAACCUUGACAACAGUGAAAGAAAACCAAAAGGAUCAAUUGAAAAAGGACCAGGAGUAAAACGUUUGAGUUCCUUGGAUGAUAAGAUCCCACCCAAGUCACCCCGUCCACGCCGGAAUAUCUGGUUGUCACGCAGCCAGUCGGAUAUCUUCUCCCGCAAACCUUCCAGGAAGAUAAACGUGCAGGACCCUUAUUAUACACCAAACAAAGGGUUAGGCCGGAAAGUUAAUCCCUUCAAUGCCCGGGAGGACCUCAAGGGGGGGAAGGUCAAGUUCUUUGACAUGCCAAGCAAGUCUGUGAUUUCCCUGGUGUUUGACUUGCACUCUCCGGAGGCAGGCAGAGGCCUGAAGACCAACCAGCCCCAGUGCCGGCAGGUGUACAGCACAGACGGGCAGGAAUUCUCCCUUUUUCCUGGGAGGAGGUGCAGAUCGCUUCCACUCUCUCCUGAAUUACCACAGAAGGAAUAUAGCUUGUUUGGAGGACUGUCUUCCCCUGUUGGCAGGUGUGACCCAGCCCAGCUUGGUGCAGAGGUUCGGCAAAAACUCCUGAGCAGCAGUAAAUAUGGUGUGGCAGAGAUUCCCCCCUUUCAUGCCAAGCCUCACAGACCAGAAUUUCUUCUUGCAUCAGGACAGGAGGAGGAUAUGGACUGUUCAGAUGGGCCAGUGUCCCAGGAGGAAAAUGGGUUUUGCCCAGUUGAGAACACAUGUGGGGAUCCAGCAUGUCAUCAGCCAUUAGUGCUGCCCCAGCCUGAGCCACUGUCUUACAAAAAGCUUGCAGUUGAGAAUUCAGUGAACUCUGAGGGACAUGGCUCCUCACAAGUGUUUGCAGGUUGUCUGCCUUCUGAAGAGAUGGAGGUAGAGGUGGAAGAUAAUCUACUGAAGAUUGCUCGGCUAGAGUCUACAAAGCCUCUGUUCAGUGUUAGUCCUUCCACUGAGCUGAAGAGAGAGGCAUGGCCCAUCAGGGAGCAGGAUGGGGACGGUCCUGCCCUGUUGUCUCAGACCUCCAGCAUCUCAGCAAGUGGCAACACAGAGUCAGCUUGUGACAUAUGA